CAAACCCAUAUAGUCUUCCACAAAUUUGGCACCCAUGUCUAUACUUCCAAGUAGUUCCGGUGCCAGUACCGGUACCAAACAGAAGUCGAACUCUGGACCUACAACAUUUAAAACCUUCUUCGAAUGUUGGCUAGUAGAACAAAACCAACACCUACAAGACCUAGUUGCCAUAUCCCAAACCAGAACAGAAGAGCAAAGCUGGUGUCCUGUCCAAAAGGUAUUAGACCAUUACGAGCACUAUUACAAAGCCAAAGCCGAAUGGAGUAAACAAGACGUAUUGGCCAUCUUAUCACCUUCAUCCUGGACCAGUACAUUCGAAGCUGCUUUCCUUUGGAUCGGUGGUUGGCGACCCACAAUGGCUUUCCAGUUACUUUAUUCAAAAUCAGGGAUUCAAUUAGAAAACCAACUUUACCAACUCAUCCAUGGACUAGGUAAAGGUGAUUUAGGUGACUUAUCGCCGAGCCAAAUCGUGAGAAUCGAUAAGUUGCAGGCAAAGACUGUUAAAGAAGAGAGAAACAUAAGUGAGAAGCUGGCUAAACAUGAAGGAACAUUGGCUGAUUCGUGUAUGGUUAAGUUAACUCAUAUGGUAUCUGAAAUGAUGAGGAGAGGAGAUGGAUAUGAAGAAGGUGUUGGUGUUGAAGUUGAAAUUGAAGUUGAAGUUGAAUUAGCUAUGGAAUUAAAGAAAGAAGGGUUGAAGGAGAUGUUGCGAAGAGCUGAUGAUCUUAGGUUGAAGACAUUGAAAGCUCUGAUUGAUAUCAUGACACCAAGUCAAGGCGUCCAUUAUUUGAUUGCUGCUGCUGAACUCCAUCUUAGGAUUCAUGAAUGGGGUAAAGUGAGAGAUGGUAAACAAGUUAAUUAAGACUUUUGUCACUAUAGAACACCGAGGGUUUUUUUUUUUCCUGUUCUUAUUUAGU